AUGGCUAUCUCAUACAACACAACAUCAUUUUUCUUCACUUUCCUUUUACUCCUCGUACCCGAAAAUCAUCCCUUAACUUCAGAUGAUUUAGUUUCUGAAUUGAUCAUCCUUCGUUCUAAAUCUCCCACCGGUGUUAUUCACCUUUCUAACAAACUACUUAGACGAAUUUUAUGGAUACCUGUCCCUAGGCCAUUUUCUUUCCUUAUAUUCUUCGAUUCACAGAAGCUACAUUCAGAGCCAGAGAUUUCACUUCCAAGUCGUAAAAAAGAGUUCUUGAUUCUCUCCUCCUCAUUCCACACAAACAAUCCACAUAACAAGAAACUGUUUUUCUUUGACAUUGUGUUUCAAGAAUCACAAGCUUCUUUUGCUCUAUUUGGAGUCAAGUCUCUCCCCUAUAUAUGUUUAGUCCCCCCUUUAGCUACUGAUUUCAAAAGGGAUUCUAUUCGAAUGAAGUCUUCAGAUUUCUCUGGGCAUGCUGAAUCGAUGGCAGAAUUCGUGGAGGCUAAAACUAAGCUCACUGUUGGUCCCAUACAACGGCCAGGUUUCAUUUCCAAGAAACAAAAGAUAAUUAUCAUCGCUUUGGGGCUAAUCUUGACUCCAUUUCUAGUGAAAAAGACUGUUGCUGGAAACACCCUUUUACAUAACAAGCAUAUAUGGAUGGCGGGGUCAGUUUUCCUGUACUUCUUCAGUGUUUCAGGGACAAUGUACAACAUAAUCAAUAAAAUACCAAUUGCUGUGGUGGAUAGAGAUGAUCCUAAAAAGUUGGUUUUCUUUUAUAAAGGAUUUGGGAUGCAGUUAGAGUUAGGGGGCGAGGGGUUUACAGUCGGGUUCUUGUACACGAUUUUCGGGCUGUUGUUGGCCUUUAUCACUCAUGUUCUUGUCCAUGUGAAGAGUAGGAAUAUCCAGAGGUUGGUGAUGCUUUUAGCUAUCUUUGUUUCAUUCUGGGCUGUAAAGAAUGUGAUUUACCUGUAUAAUUGGAAGACUGGGUCUGAGGAAUUUGUGAAUGUGGCUGUAGACUGUGGUGCUGUUCCAGCUUUGGUGAAGCAUCCUAAGGUGCCGUCCCUCGGGAGUGAAUUAGGAGAUAGUGGACAGAUGCCUUCUGCACUUCAGCAUAUACAGGAGCUAUGUUCUGUUAUUGAAUACACUAGCUUCCUUGCUUACAGAAUAGAAGCUAUGUCUUGUUAUUGA